UUUCUAUAGCAACAGGUAACGUGACGUUUCGCUUUAUCGUUUUUGUCAAAUUUGUGAAAAUUGACAGCUUCGUUUCAGCGGCCAGGUUAAAUUAUUGUUUAAAUCGGACUUAACUAACCUGAAACAUUGUUAAAUUGAAAGUCUUUAUUUUGCAGAACUAGCUUUUGCAAGCAUCAUGACUACCCUUCAAGCACAGUUUGAGAAAUACGCCAAUUUUGGUGCCAGUCCGGGCUCGUCAUCUGGCGGCCCUCAAAUCACUCUGUCCAAUAUCGACAAAUGGUUCAAGCAAGCGAAUGCUUUUAACAAGAAGUUGUCUACUACAGACACCGGCAUCCACUUCGGAAAGCUCAAGCAAAAGAAAAUAAACUUUGCUGAUUUCAACAAGUUUCUGGAAGACCUCACCAGCACCAAGAAGAUCGAUCUGGAGGAGUUCAAGCAGAAGCUGACUGACUGCGGCGACCCGGGCACUUCGGGAGCCACGAAAACGGUGAAGGCUGGCGCUGUCGACCGUCUGACGGAUACGAGCAAGUACACCGGUAGCCACAAGGAGCGCUUUGACGAGACGGGCAAGGGAAAGGGCAUCUCCGGUCGCGAGGAGCAGAGCAGCAACGACGGCUACGUGCAGGGCUACAAGGAGAAGGACUCGUACGACAAGAGUCACUAGGUGGCAGCACCAGCCGUCGCCCAGGUCUCCGCGCCGACUGGAGCCCAGGUGGCGCGCAGGAGCAGGUCGGGUAUGACGAGCCUCCAUAUUCGCUGCAGCCGGCUGCCGCAGCUUGGUUGUGUGUCGCUUUUUGAUGUCGCAUGAUGCGAGCAUCGUUGUGAGCUUGAGUGUUGUUGUUCAGAGCUGAGUCUGCGUUGAUGUUAAAGUCUGGAAGUUAAGAGAAGCAAAGCCUUGAUGACAGUUGAAGAACGUAACUAGACAUGCGAUUAGAUUAAUGACAGUUCAUUCGAAAAUAAAUUGUUACGAUGCGUUACGGUCGUUCCACUAAAUCAUGUACUCUAGUAGUUGGUAACUUUUGUGUGUACGUUUUUCUCCACUCGAGCCAGAGAAGAAACUUACCGGCAAUUCUUGAGGGACCUGCCGCGAAGUCCAUAGACUGAGAGGGCUGACCGUCAUGUCUGCCUUAGCAGGUGAAUGCCAUGGGUACUGCCACUGGCAGUUCGGAACAAGAGCUUUAAAUGAACCGUCCUCGAUGAGUGAAGAUUCAAUUCUUAUUUUGCUUGCUAAGAUUGAUGUGUCAGUGUGACACCUUUGUAGACGCUGGGUUUUAUGUGCACUGCUCCUGUUAUUUCGCCUCAAUAAAGUGCGAAUAAAAUACC